UUCACAAAAUCACAAUUCACUAACUAGUAACUACAAAGUACUAAUCACAACAAAUAAAAAAAUUGAUAGGUGUAAUUUUGCUACUAAAUACAAUUAUAAAAUUAAUAUUGAAUUAGCGACUUUUAGCUUAGUGGCAGAAAAUUUUGUUCAACCUCGUAUUAUUCGGUCUUUUUCGAGAAUUUUUAAACUGGAUCUAAUAUUUUUUAUCUAACCUAACCGGUUUGUACAAUCAAUAUUUUUUAAUAAAUUAAAAUUCAGUGCACUUCCGUAAUUCGAAACAACAGACACGAUUAGAAAUGCUGUCUUUAAUCUGUCAGAAGAAUGCUAAAAUUCUACCCCAGUUAUUGUGCAAUGUUAGAUGCGCAAGUAAAUCGCAUAAACCCAAAACUGCCAUAAUUAUGUUAAACAUGGGAGGACCACAAACGGUAGAUCAGGUUGGAGAUUAUCUUCAUAGAAUAAUGACAGAUCGUGAUAUGAUACAAUUGCCAGUUCAAAGUAAGUUAGGACCAUGGAUAGCUAGUCGGAGAACUGAGGAGGUAAAAAAGAAGUAUCAGGAAAUUGGUGGAGGAUCACCGAUUUAUAGGUGGACAGAUUUACAAGGUAAAUUACUAACAGAAGCAUUAGACCAAAUGUUACCUGAGUCUGCACCGCACAAACACUACAUAGCAUUUAGAUAUGUACCACCAUUUACUGAUGAUGCACUGCAGGCGAUGGAGGCUGACGGUGUGGAAAGAGCUGUGAUAUUCUCACAAUACCCACAAUACAGUUGUGCAACCACUGGGUCGAGUUUGAACGCGAUAGCUGACUUCUAUAAGGACAAGAAACAGCCGAAUAUAAAAUUCAGUUUGAUAGAACGGUGGGGGACUAAUGAGCUCUUGGCCUCGGUUUUCGCUGAUAGAAUAAAAGAGAAGUUAAAGCUAUUUGAUGGGAGUGUCAGAGAUGAUGUCAUGAUUAUGUUCACUGCGCAUAGUUUACCAUUGAAGGCGGUAUCCCGUGGAGACACAUACCCUCAUGAGAUAGCAGCUUCAGUUUCAGCCACCAUGAGCAAACUCCAAGUACCGAACCCUCAUAGGCUUGUGUGGCAAUCGAAGGUUGGACCCUUACCGUGGCUUCAGCCAUACACUGAUGAUGCUAUUAAGUCAUACGCAAAGAAGGGAGUCAAACACAUGAUCCUCGUGCCAAUAGCGUUCGUCAAUGAACAUAUUGAGACGUUACACGAGUUGGACAUUGAAUACUGUGAUGAAGUCGCUAAAGAGGCAGGUGUUAAGCAAAUAGAGAGGGCUGCAGCACCCAACGACCAUCCCACAUUCAUAGCAGCUAUGGCUGAUGUUGUGGCCAAGCACUUAACAACUGGACCGAGUGUGUCGAGACAGUUUUUGUCCAGAUGUCCCCACUGUGUUAGUGCAAGAUGUCAAUCUUCAAAAGAGUUUUACAAAAAAUUAUGCAAUUAUAUUGAGUGCUCUAAAGAGAUGUAAAAAAUAUAAAUCAAAUUUAGGUUUUAUAUUGUAAACAGCCAAAUAAGUUUGUUUAUUAAAAAAAUAUAUGGAUUCGAUAGAGCAAUAUCUUGACUUGUUAUAUUAAUGAAAUUUGUUUUGUAAAGGAAAUACAUACUUCCAGAUAAAAGCGUUUAAUUAUAAGACGAUUAAUAAUACGGCAUGGUCACUAUACUAAAUUGUUGUAAAUGAAUGGUCAUUGUAGUGCUAUCGACGAUUUGAAAUGAUAAUUGGCCCGCGUUCGUGACCAUGCAAUCAAAAACUAAAUAAACGCAUUGUAUUUUCUUUAUAAUUUGUAUAAAAGUCAUGACAUUGUUAUAAUGAAGCCAUCACAAUCUCAAUGCAUUUGAAUUAUGUUUAGCGGAACUGUUUUCUAGGGUUUAGGUUAUUGUAUAUAUUUGGUGGAUAAUAAAUGUUUUUGGUUA